CGGGAGGCGGAGGCGCCGCGUAGGCCCGGGAGGCCGGGCCGGCGGGGCUGGGAGCCCGAGCCCCAUGCGCCGCCGCCUCCCCCGACGAUGUUCCCCUCCCGGAGGAAAGCGGCGCAGCUGGCCUGGGAGGACGGCAGGUCCAGUUUACUGCCCCGUGGCCUCGCCCGGAAGUGCUCCGUCUUCCACCUUUUUGUUGCCUGUCUCUUAUUGGGCUUCCUCUCCCUGCUCUGGCUGCAGCUAAGCUGCUCUGGUGACGUGGCCCGGGCAGCCAGGGGACAAGGGCAGGAGACCUCAGGCCCAACACGGGCCUGCCCCCCUGAGCUGCCCCCUGAGCACUGGGAAGAAGAUGCAUCGUGGGGCCCCCACCGGCUGGCAGUGCUAGUACCCUUCCGGGAACGCUUCGAGGAGCUCCUGGUCUUUGUACCCCAUAUGCACCGCUUCCUGAACAAGAAGAAGAUCCAGCACCACAUUUAUGUACUCAACCAGGUGGAUCAUUUCAGGUUCAACCGGGCGGCUCUCAUCAACGCGGGCUUCCUGGAGAGCAGCAACAGCACAGACUACAUCGCCAUGCACGACGUGGACCUGCUCCCUCUCAACGAGGAACUGGACUAUGGCUUCCCCGAGGCCGGGCCCUUCCACGUGGCCUCCCCGGAGCUCCACCCACUCUACCACUACAAGACCUACGUGGGCGGCAUCCUGCUGCUCUCCAAGCAGCACUACCAGCUGUGCAACGGGAUGUCCAACCGCUUCUGGGGCUGGGGCCGCGAGGACGACGAGUUCUACAGGCGCAUUAAAGGAGCCGGGCUUCAGCUUUUCCGCCCCUCGGGAAUCACAACUGGAUACAAGACAUUUCGCCACCUGCAUGACCCAGCCUGGCGGAAGAGGGACCAGAAGCGCAUCGCAGCUCAAAAACAGGAGCAGUUCAAGAUCGACCGGGAGGGCGGCCUAAGCACCGUGAAGUACCACGUGGAUUCCCGCACAGUCCUGUCUGUGGGUGGGGCCCCCUGCACUGUUCUCAACAUCAUGUUGGACUGUGACAAGGCUGCCACCCCUUGGUGCACAUUUGGCUGAAUCUCCUGGACAGUCUGGAAGCUUGCACCCACAGGCCAUGCUGCUACUCAGGCCCUGGGCCCAGUUGCCAUAGGAGGUGGAGUGACCUGAAGCAACAGACAGCGAACUGUAUGUCUACAGCAGCCAGAGGCAGGGAAGCCAGCACAGGACACACUAGGGCAUCUGGGACGCUGCUAGCGUCAACAGUGACAGAGAGGCUGCAUGUGGCUCCUGGCUGGGACUCUUCACCCUGCCUACCUGCUCACCCUGCUCUGCCCUCCUUUGUGUGCUGAUGCCUGCGGGCUUUGGGUCUUUUCCUAGACCCUCGUGCAGAGAUACAGUUUAGAAGCCGGCAGCUCACGUGGAUGGCCAGUGUGAUUGUGAGGAUUAAAACUGCAAGAGCCAGCCUGCAAGCUGAUACCUGCUCCAAGAUGGUCACCAUGCGGGAAUGUGGCCUAGUGUUGCCAGAUCUUCUGAUUUUUUAAAAAAGAAAUUAGAAUUCUGGAUUCAUAAGUGAAACAGUUAAUUUUUAAAUAAUAACUAAUUGAAACUUUAAAAAAUAUGACAGUCAAACAAAAUGUUUGGGCCACUGGUUUGUCACCUGUUGCUGAGGGGAAAGGGGGGCGGAAAAGAUGACCCCUCUCUAGUUAUAAGCUGGCAAGGACUCGGGGCAGGCUGGGAACACAAAGCCAGGGAAACUGGUGGGGGAGAAGUGCAAGGUUCCUGUCGCCUCCCCAUGUUCUCCAGGCUUUUCUGUCUGGAGAAACGGAUCACCAUCAAGGUCUGGGGGCACCCAACUUUGGGAGAGAGCUUUUGCUUGCCUCCCUGGGAUGCACAGAAACAUCCGCAGGACUGGACUUAGGGCGGGCAGACUGUAUCGGCUAAGUUGUGGCAUAUGGGAGGGAGGAAGAAGAUGGAGAAGUGAGAGAAAGCACGGACUGUCCCCGGAACACAAGGGAAGAUGACACGUGUCACUAGAGAGAAGGAGGGAGUUAAGGGAGACCAUGAAACUGGAAGUGAAGUGACCCUAAGAAAGCCUUUGGAGAGGGGCUGAGGGCCAGUGAGAGGGUGGGGAGUGAGGCCCUUCAAGGUUGAUCACAGCUUCAGGUCAGUUAACUGCUGAUGAUUUGUAGCAGAAGUCAGAGGACUUGGGACCAGUUAUAAGCUGUCCCGAGAGGACAGGUGAUAUGUUGGAGAAGGUAAAAUUGAGAUCUUAGAACUCAGGAAGAUGGAUUCAACUCUGAUCCAGAAAGACUUCUCUGAAGUAUGAUCUCAGGGCUGCUGUGUACAAUUGUGUGGGUUGUGUGCUGUGCAACCUGAGUGUUUCAAGUCAAGAGAUUUAAGUAAUGAGUGGGGUGAACCUACAGGAUCCACAUCACUGUUCAGACAUAUAAACAGGGUUCUUGUGAUUUUAAAUUGACCUUGCCCAGCAAUUCAGCUUCCCUCACUACAAUGAGGGGCAAACAAUCCUCGGAUACAGGGCAAGAGUUGUAGGAGGGGCUUUCUCAACUUGAGACCCAGGAGUGGGGAGUGGUAUGCUGGCAGCAUUUUGUAGGCUAAACUGGACAACUCUUACAGUUGCCAAGUAGUAAGACUUAAAAAAGGUGUGUGUGUAGGGGGUGGGUAGAAUGGAAGGAGGGUGAAUCCUGUCUUUUUAUCUGCACUGGGGGAGUGGAAUGAAUAGAAUAAAGUGGGAUCAUCGGACCUAGCCUAGGAUGGGGUGCAUCUCCAGGCCCACAGCCCCUCACUCUCCCAUGGUCACUGCCAUCACCUCCAUUAUUCAGGUACCAGUAGGUGCCCAGGCCAGGCAUGAUAAGAUGCAGCUUUCUUCCCUCCCCAGCCUGGGCCUCUGCCAGCCACUCCAGAAGGGUCAACAGUGCUUUGCCUCAGUGCUUUGCCUCCUUGCUGGAAGAACUAACUCCCUGCCUUGCUGGCCAGGGCGUGGAUGAAAUGAACCUAGGAUUUAGGAGCACCUACCAGGUGCUUGGCCAGCAUGGUGCCUGUAAUAAUAACGGGUACUUGUUGAGCAUUCACUGCACUGAAUAAUCGAAUCUUUACAUUGCAUUAUUUCACUUGGGCUUCUCUACUACCUAAGAGCUCACUCCUGUUACAGGUGAUGAUGGUGAAGCACAGAGAAGUAGUAGCUUGUCCAAGAUCACACAGCUGAUAAGCGGAGGACCUAGGGAUACGAAUCCCUGGAAUCUGCCUUCAGAGCCAGAUUACUUUACCCCUGAUCUGUACAGCAGGUGCCUCCCUUCACACCUUCCCUCCUCUCCCUAGCUGGAGAGAGCUGGCCAACAGGGUCUGAUUUCCCACCUCUGGGAAGAAAGCAGGACCAUGGGCUAAUACAAAGUGUUUGUCCCAUUCCUCCUCUGGAUUAAGAUGGGGAUUGGCUGCUGGAGAGGUCCCUUGGGGCACCAGAAGGACCCCAGAGCAUAGCACUAUGCUUGGGGAAGGCCUCUCCAAGGAGGUAGGGUCUUGCUCUUGGAGUCCAGUUGCCAGUCAAAAAACAAAGGACUCCUGGAAAGGAUCAGGAUGUGCAAGGCAGAGAGUGGAGAAGUGCAUAUUAUGUUCAGGGACCUGAAUGUUGCAGGCACCCCAAUACUAUGCAGAAGCCGGGGAAUGCAGGCAGCAGAGGGAAGGUUAGAGUGACUAUUGAGGUGUGAAUGGCACACUGAGUGACAAGGAAUGAGAAGAAGGUGGGUGUUCACUUAGUCCCUAGGGUCUGCAGGAGCCAGGACAAAUGGCAUGCCAUUGGGCAUUCUCUGCCCACUUUCCCCAAAAGGCCAAAUUAAUAUACUUGGCCUUUUUGCCAUCUCAACCCUCAUGCCUUAAAAGCAUUAAAAAAAAAAAAACAACUUUCAGUGUCUGCUUUAACGUGUUAAGGUUUGAAUGUCAUCAUUCAGGUCCUUAAAACAAGAGAAAAGUCAACAAACUGAAAAGCAAUUUCUUUUCUUGGACCUAUUGAGAAUUGAAUAGAAUAAAGUGGGAUCAUGAAGUUACAGGGCAAACUGCCACCCCAAAUCUGGAGAGACAGGCAAGUAUAGUCACAAUUGAGAUCCACUGAGCUAGAGCAGAAGUUGCCAGAGCGACAAACCGGUGGGAAUAAAUGGUCAUUUCGAUGUAUUGAUGGAGAAUGAGUGUGGUGAAGAACCA